GCGUUUUGCACACACGAAAUAGAAAAUAAAAGUGCACGCGAAAAAAAAAAACAAAGCGAGACAAGUACCAAUCUAUAUGUCUACCGCCAAAGUCUUUGUGGGCAGCCUGCCGCCUGGCUGCAAGCCCGAGGAGCUGCGACAUUUGUUCACAAAUUAUGGCGUGGUAGUCGAAUGCGAUAUUAUGAACAGGUGCGGAUUUGUGCACUUGGAGACCAUUGAAAUGGCAGAGGAAGCGAUUGCCGCUCUAAAUGGCAUUGAAUUCAAAGGUCAGACCAUUGUCGUCGAACCGGGCAGGCCCAAAGACAGACGUGGCGGUGGCGGAGGUGUUGGUGGAGGAGGGGGUGGGGGAGGUGCCGGCAACAGAAGACCCAUGCAACAAGGACACGGCGGCGGUAGCUUCAAUCGUGGUGGCGGCCACACUGGUGGCAACAAUUUUAGAGCAGGUGGCGGCAACCGAUCAUUAAACUCGAACGACAGUCAGUUUGGACCAAUGCGAAAUGAAGGCAACUUUAGACAGCAGCGCAAUGCGCCCUACAGCAAGGUCCUGCCGCAGCAGAAGCAGAACUUUGACGGGCCCGCACAACCUUACAAAAACAAAUUUAACCAAGGCCUGGGCCAAAUGGGUCACAAUGAUUUCUAUGCUGGCAAUAUUGGUUCUGCCGGCGCUGCUGGCGCUCACCGAAGCGGCGGCAGCCAUGGACCAUCAAACAACAUUGGCCAAGAUCGUCGCGGCUUUGCCCUGCCCGCCGUGGAGCAUCAGCACCAGCAGCAGCAGCAGCUGUCGUUCGGAGCAAAGCAAAGUCGCUUUGGCAACGGCACAAUGGUGCCGAGCGGGAAUAAUGCCGAUGGUGGCAUGUACCAGCGGAAUCGCCACAAUUCUGGCAUUAACAGUGGCAGCACGCAAAACGGCCGUGGUGGAUUUAACGCCAACCGUGGCGGCUUUGCUGGCCGUGGUGGAUUCAGUGCUCGACGUGGUGGUGGACCGAACGGGCCGAGCAGCAGCAUGUCGCAAAACUUUAACAAACAUGGACCCGCAAACGGGCACACUCACAACGCAGCAAAUGCAUAUCAAUCGGAUUUUCCGCCCCUGGGGGGUAGUCAUGGUAGCGGGGGUGUGCCUGUAAAUAGGAAUCGGUUCAAUGGACCCAGGCCAGCGCAUAAUAUGAGCGGCAAUAGAAGAUUUUAAUGCCAACAACAUGCUGUAUGUAACAUUUUAUCAUGGACCCUAGACGCCGGUGUAAUCUAUGUGGAUUGCUGACCUAAUAGCCGAAUUUUGUUUUCCAAUAAUUGCGCCCAUGCAACAUCUUAAGUUAAGGCAAACAGUUUGAAACAAAUUUUCAAUAACAAUACGCGUUAUAUUAAGCCCAACCAAUCAACAGUAUAUUUGUUAAUUGUAUUCAUUAAGUAUGAAAAGUAUUUAUCCAUUUGAGCAAUGUGCAAAGAGAAAGUUUGACAACACGAACGUCUAGUGCGACAUGUUCUUCUUUAUUUUUGACGACUUACGAUAUUAUCAAUACAAAUAUUAAUUGCUAA